UUCGCGUUCAAGGUGGAUCGUUACUACUGCAAUCCUACCAACAACCUCCAUGGCGGCGCCCAGGCAGCGAUGUUUGAUGUAUGUACAUCUCUGGCAAUACAGGCGAUCGGCAGCCUAGACAAUUGGAUAACUGGUGGCGUGAGUCGUGUGCUCAGCGUGACCUACGUGAGACCAGCAGCGGAAGGCGAGGACGUGCUGAUGGAGUGCGAGAUCUGUCAUACUGGAAAGACACUGGCCCUCACCCGAGGCGUUUUGAAACGCGAGCGAGACGGAGCAAUCCUUAGUACUUGCGAGCAUAACAAAGCAGCAGUG